AUGGUCGAAUUCCCUCCCUCGAGGAUCGUUGGCACCCGACCUAAUGACAAUGUUGGACGCGGUCAUGAUGGGAAUGGGGAGUUCCCUAGGUAUGCAGCUAGUGUUGGCAGAAAGCUAGUGUUGGCAGAGUCUAGUGUUAAAAUGUCUGAUUCAGUAAACAAAAAUAUUGAGAACCAUGGAGAAAAUGUGCAGGCUUUAACUCAAGGCCUGAAUGAGCGGAGCUCAGCGGCUUCAAGGCAGCUGAAAGAGAAUCUGAUCGAAUAUCCCGUCCUAACCUGGUCGGACAUCCACAACCGGUACCAGUCAAAGAUUAGGGUCGAGGAUGACCAGCUGGGAGCGCCCUCGGGCUCAGGAUAUCCAAGCAGGCUCUUAGUAAAGGAGCCAAAUCCAAACAAAGAAAGGUAUCAGCCAUACACCAAAGACAGGAGAAAUUCCCCGAGACACAACCCGCCUCACGACGAUCGAUCGAUGAACCGAGGACAGAAUCCUCGGGGGCUCAUCAACAGAACCGGCAAAAUCAGGGACGCCAAAUGGCCGAGGCCUGUACAGUCGGAUCCUUCACAAAGGAGCUAUGACUUAGUAUGCGAGUUUCACAACGCACACGGACACAGGACCGAGGAUUGCCGGCAACUCCGGGAGGAAGUGGCCCGGCUACUCGACAAUGGUCACCUUCGGGAAUUCCUCAGCGACCGAGCUAAAAAUCAGUCCCGAGAAAGAGAAACAACCAAAAAUAACAAAGCGGACAAAUCGCAACGUGUCAUCCACACGAUCUUUUAA